AUGAGUGUAUAUAAAAUAUCGAAUGUCAAGUCUUGUCUAUAUACUAUUAAAAUAGAUGAUUUUCUUACUGCAGCUGAUCAUAAUAAAGCUUUUGUUAUAGAAAGUCUGCUUGAUUUAUCUCAUAGUCUUAGACUUUCAUUGAAAUUAGCAUAUCUUUUCAGUGAUAUUGUUUAUAGUAGUUUCACACGAAGAAAAAAAGCAUCAUGUUUAGAACAAUUAUCAAUAACUGGAUGUACUAUUUCAUUACUAUUGCUUAUUAAUUUAAUUAUAAAUACAUUUAAUUUAUAUUCGUUUCAAAUGAAAAUUUACAGAGAUAUUUCAAGUCCAGAUUUUUCUAUUUUUCAACAAAUAACUAUAGCAAUUCUUAAAUUUGUUGGAUUUAGUAAUGAUAACUUUCAGAAUUCUUUUAGUUCUAUGGCUUGUCUUAUUAGCCUUCAUCUUGAUGAUGAAACAUCAAUUUCAACAGCACGUCUCUUUGUAUCCAAUACAGUACAUAUAGCUAAAGCAUCAGCUGAAUAUUUUAAUCUCCAGUAG